UCAUAUGCACAAUGGAACAAAUAUUGUGUCUACACACAGAAAUGUAAGGGAACAUAAAAAACGAACUUCAAAAAAAUAUUGAAUAACUCUUCAACAUAGCUAUGUUUGAAUAAAUUAUCAAAUUUGGGUGCACACAUUUUUUCACUAUGCAGGGUUGGUUAUUUCCAUAUUGAACAAUCUAAUUUUGGCUAGCCUUUCAUGGUUUGUUUACUUUUAUUUUUGUUUACUGUUGUCAUCACAUGUUGAGAGGUGUGAUAAUAAUGAUAAUAACAGAAAAAUGUCAUUAGAAACAUCCAUGGUGAUAAGCACGCAAUCACUAGAUUAAAAAGAAACCACUGCACUUUAAUAAUGCAUAAAGCUGAACUUCUGAAUGAUGGCUCUAUGAAUUGAAAUGCAUUGCAACAGGUAUAAAAGGAGAAUGUUUCAACUCUUCAUACUUGUGUUACUUAUUGCAGCAACCAUUAACUACACUACACCACACAGCAUAAGGCCAAGAUGCUACAGCGAUUUCAGCUUUAACAUGGUCAGUAACAACUCAAACCACAUUUACAGAGAAUCAUGGAAAAGAAACUGUUCCACUGACGUAAAGUCGAUAUGCACAAAAAAUAUCACAAUAUCAUAUUUUGAUAUGCCUCCAUUUACCAAUAGUAGCAAUAUCAGCAAAUUCUACUGGGAACAAACUGGGGUAAUUCAACGUAUUAUUUCAGUGGCUUUAGCUCAAUGUUGUGGUAACUGCAUUCGAUUAAACAUAAACAAGGUAGAAGAUCGUACAGCACUUAUUGACAUGAUGACGAAGGAAACAAGUGAUAUAUUAUUUCCAAUGUUUACACGAGGCAUGCCACAUCAAUUGAAUGCUUCAAUACCACCUUUAACAAUCCCAGUCCUGCAACUACCAGGGGCCAUGUUUAUAACAAAAUCUACCAUAUCUGCAAAAUUAUUUGCCAAAGAAGUUAUUUCAGCGAUAGUUGACAUUUGGCCAUUACUUGGAGCAUCGAUAGUGCUGGCUUUUGCAGCUGGUGUAUUUAUGUGGAUUUUUGACACAUGGUGGAAUAAAGAGCACUUUCCAAGGCGAUUUUUUACAGGUUCAUUUGAAGGUUUUUGGUGGGCAUUUAUCUCCAUGACUACAGUCGGCUAUGGCGACAGGGCUCCUAAAUCUGUGCAUGGUCGAUUAUUUGCUGUGUUUUGGAUACUCUGUGGAAUUACAAUAAUGUCUUUGAUGACAGCAGCUUUAACAACAGCUAUUGGAGUGGUUGCUGGAAGGCAACGCGCAACUGCUGAUAACGGUAGAGUUGGUAUAUUAAAAGAUCAUGUAUUUGAGAAGAUUAUCCUGAUGCGAGGAAAUGCAGAAAAAGUGCAAAAGGAUACUAUAGAUGAACUAGUCAGCAGUGUGUCAAAUGAUGUUGUUGAUGCCAUGUUAGUUGAUAGUUUGACAGCAAAAACAUUCAAAGAACAUUUCUUUAAAGAUGAAGACCUUUUUAUUGACGGUGUUAUACAGGAUGUUGAUCAAUCAUAUCUGGGCAUAACAAUAUACGAUGAAGGUCUACAUUCACUGAUAAACGAAUACCUAGAUUUUCAACACGAUGCAAUUCAGGACUACAUCUACAACGUGUUCAGAUCAUUUGAAGAAAUCAAAAAUGACAAAGUGAUAGCAAACCUUAUUUUCACAAGUGAUUCAGGGGUAUUCUGGCCUACCAUAUACACAGGUAUAGUAAUAAUAGGCAUCACACUACUCAUUGGCGGACUCUAUGAAAUAUAUCGGUGGAAACAAAAAUCAACAGAAAAGGAAAGACUAAGUAAUCAGGAACUAACACUAAAAGUGUUAAAAAAGGAAGAGAAAAAAAUGGAAGAGGAGUUAACAGAUUUAAUUAAAAAAUGGGAAAAGAAUUUGCUGGACUUAAUGAAAGGUUACACAUUACGUGGUGUUUUGUCGAAGACAAAUAGAACACAUGCAAAUAUUAUGCUAAAAUUGACUCCAACUGAAUUGGAUAAGCUAGGUUUGCCUGAUAUAUCCAACGACCUUGAUUACAGAGACAGUAAAAAGUUAAAAGACAACCAAAGAUCAAAAUCCAAGAAACACAAAAAUAAGAUAGGUAAUGGUCAUUACGAGCCUUUAGAAAACGAUAACUCUUCUAAUCUGAAAGAAGAUGACAGUCUCCCAAAACCAAAAAUGAUAACUAAAGUACCGAAAAAAACUGUCAGUAAAAAAGUGAAAAAAUUAAGAAAGUCAAAAACGAGUCCUAUAAGUUACGAUGAACCUCCAGAACAUGAUAUUAAGCUACACAAAAUCAAAAAAAGGAAAAGCCCAGCUGUAUCAGGAGAAGAAUCUGAAGAAGUAGAGGAAGAUUUAAGAAAGCAGAGAAUUAGAAGAUUACCAUCAUUAAAAAUGCAUAACAAUGAAAAUUAUGUUUAAAAUAAAUUUUUUUGUUAGUUAUAUAUUUUAGGUGCACUUUUUGCUAGUUCUUGAAAUUUUUACAUACUUUUUUAAAUUUUUUUAUUAUUGUAUUUCAAUACAUGCAUGAAAUUCAUGAGAUACAAACAAAUAACAGUUUAAAAA